CAGGCAGGUGUGUCAUUGAAUCUAAAAUUUAUUGAUAAGAGCCUCAAAAGUUUGUUGCGCAAUUCUAUAACUUUUUAUAGUGAUAUCUGGAUUUGUAAGGAAAAUACAUCAUGAGCAAAACGAUGAAUCCGUCGAAACAACUUUUGGAUGAAAUUGGUGAACGGAUAAGUAAAGACAAAAAUAGGAAAAUAGGAUUUUCUUUGCUUUACCAGGCCACUGACAAAGCAGAUGUAGGGGAGUUUCAUUUAAAGUGUGACGCUAAAGGCCCAACUGUGACUAUCUUAUAUGGCAAAUAUAAUACAUUUUUUGGCGGCUAUACAUCUAAAAACUGGAGUUCAACCCGAAAGCAAAAGGUCAAGGACGAAAACGCAUUCCUUUUUAAAAAGAACGACAGUUUGGGUGCUAAAUGUGUCUUCUUUCCAAUAAAAAAGGAUGAGAUAAAGCAUGCUAUCAUAUGUGAUAAACAUUUUGGUCCUACAUUUGGUAAAGGACUGUUAGGAUAUGACCUGCAGGCAUUUAAAAAAGAUUCAAAGCAUGAAUGGAAGACAAGGGAUAAUUUUCUGCAAUUGAAUGGCUCCCUUAACAUGAAGUUUUCAUAUUCUGUAGAAAAGCAAAGUUCAGACGAUGAAGAUGGUAAUGGUGCGUCAGAGCAAGCGAUCAAUUCCGGACAAAUGAUAGUCAGAAAACUUGAGGUCUACCAGGUCACAGAUGAUGAGUACGAAGAGGACUGGCUGGACAGACUAGUGGGCGACGAUUUUGAGAACAGGAAAAAAGACCUCAUAGAAAUGGUACCACAGCCUGGUUUAGAUAUCUGUCAAUACAACAUCUUGCUGCUGGGCGCUGUUGGAGCAGGCAAAUCUUCGUUCAUUAACACAUUAUCGACAGUGUUUACAGGGAAGGUCGAACCAAUUGCCCAGGUCAGACAAUCUGCAUCGAGCGUCACAAAUAAGCUAAAGAAAUAUGAUCUCAGGUCUGCAAAUGAUGAUACAUUGAAAUUACGCAUUUUCGACAUUAGAGGAUUUGAAAGUGAAAGAGAGAAUGACAAAGAACUUGAACUUUUAAUAGAUGGACGGCUUCCUGAUAACUAUCAAUUUCCAGACACGUUCAACCCAGAUGAUAUCAUAGAAGAAAGACUUAAUCCAACUUUUAAUGACAAAAUACAUUUAAUCUGCUUUGUGGAAGGAAAUUCUGACUUUGCUAAGUACUCCGAUGCUUAUAAGGAACGAAUAAGCAGGCUGAACCGUGUUAUCUGUAAUACAGGAUUGCCGAUAUUGGUAGUUGCAACAAAAUUUGACAAGCUCUGUCCCAAGAUAUCCAAAAAUGUUGAUCAUCUUUUCAAAAGUCCCAAGGCAGAAAAAGCAGUCAACGCUAUUGCUGACUUCCAUGGAGUUAAUAAAAAUCAAGUGCUUCCAGUGGUGAAUUAUGUUAAUGAAGACACCUGUGUGGACACAAAAGAUCAGCUAGCUUUGAAAGCUCUCUAUAGGAUGUAUCAGUCAAUAGAGGGUCAUUUAAAACAUCAUACAGACAUGAACGUUGUUCUUGAAGGCUGGAAAUCUCGUCAAGAUGUAUUGCCUGACUGGAGGGAUGACGUUGAAAAGAGAAAUUUAUUGAGUGAAAAAUUCCUACCAUUUGAAGGCAGCAACCUAAAAAUUCUGCUGGUUGGUCCUGUAGAAAGUGGUAAAUCGAGUUUUAUCGAUUCGGUUCAAUCUACACUUCGUAGUAAAAUUGUUUUCAAUGCCAAUACUGGAUCUGCGGGAGCAAUGACAGAUAACCCAGUAUCUACAACAGAAAGGUUUAAGCUUUAUAACAUUGAGUAUGUUGACAAAGAUACAGGCGCCACACGGAGGAGCGGUAUAUAUCUAGGAGAUACUCCUGGCUUUCAAGAACAAGAUGGCAUCAAAGAAGACCAUGUCAAAUUUAUUAUCAGUGGAAAUGUGCCGGAUGGUUUCAAAAUCAUUAAUGGAAUUCAAGAUACACAAGAUGACUUUCAGAGAGACCCACAACCAGGUGACAAAAUACAUUGCGUAUGUUUUGUUUUCGACUGUGAGAAAAUACUAAAGGGCCUUUCAGAAGUUAUUAGAACGUCCAUGAGGAAACUGCGACGGGAUCUCAUUGACAAAGGUUGUCCAUAUAUAGUGAUCCUUACAAAAUGCGACAAAGUAAGCAAUUCGCUGAAGACUGGGAGACAGAGAAUUUUUUUAGACAGUAAAAUAAAUGAAUGCAAGGACAAACUCAAGAAUGAGUUCGGGUUCAGACAACAACAAGUAUAUCCUAUAGUGAACUACGAUGAACAAAAUGUUGUGGAUAAACAAACUGAUAGACUCAUUUUAGCGGCUUUCUUCGAAAUUCUUGAAUUCGGUAAAAGUCAUAUGGAAAGGGAUGAGCAACAAGAAUAAAACAAAGGAAUACAAACUAUUUGUUUAACGAUAGGAAGAUAUCCAGUAUUACAUUAGAAAAGAUAAAUUUAAUGACACAAAAUGCCUUCGACACAGUUUAUAGAAUUUCCAAUUACCUUUGUAAAUAAUAAAACGUUUAUUUUCAUUUAAUGACACUUUCUACACACGUUUGAAAAUACAUUUACUAAAGUCCAUUAAAGAAACAUAUUCUUGAAAUGUUUGAGCACUGAAAAAAGAAU